CUCCUUUCUCUCGGAACCCUUUACCUCUCAUCUUCUUCUCUUCAACCUUAAAGCUCCAAACUUUACGCAUUCCAGUAUGGGAAGUGCUGGUGAGAGUGGCUAUGGCGCAUACACCUAUGAGGCCCUUGAGAGGGAGCCUUAUUGGCCCUCGGAAAAACUCCGAAUUUCAAUUACUGGGGCUGGUGGCUUUAUCGCCUCCCACAUUGCCCGCCGAUUGAAGAAUGAGGGUCACUACAUUAUUGCUUCUGACUGGAAGAAGAAUGAGCACAUGACUGAAGACAUGUUCUGCGAUGAAUUCCAUCUUGUGGAUCUCAGGGUCAUGGAUAACUGCUUGAAGGUUACCAAGGACGUUGAUCAUGUGUUCAACCUUGCUGCUGAUAUGGGCGGCAUGGGAUUCAUUCAGUCCAAUCACUCUGUCAUUAUGUACAACAAUACCAUGAUCAGCUUUAACAUGCUGGAAGCUGCUAGGAUCACUGGAGUGAAAAGGUUUUUCUAUGCUUCCAGUGCUUGUAUUUAUCCUGAGUUUAAGCAGCUGGAAACUAAUGUGAGCUUGAAGGAGGCGGAUGCCUGGCCGGCAGAGCCUCAAGAUGCUUAUGGCUUAGAGAAACUUGCAACUGAGGAGUUGUGCAAGCACUACACCAAAGACUUUGGAAUCGAAUGUCGUAUUGGAAGGUUCCACAAUAUUUAUGGUCCUUUUGGAACCUGGAAAGGGGGCAGGGAAAAGGCACCUGCUGCUUUCUGCAGAAAGGCUCUCACAUCCACUGAUAAGUUUGAGAUGUGGGGAGAUGGACUUCAGACCCGAUCCUUCACCUUUAUUGAUGAAUGUGUUGAAGGUGUACUCCGGUUGACAAAGUCCGACUUCCGUGAGCCAGUGAAUAUUGGAAGUGACGAGAUGGUCAGCAUGAAUGAGAUGGCUGAGAUUGUUCUUAGCUUUGAGAACAAGAAGCUGCCUAUUCAGCACAUUCCUGGACCAGAGGGUGUCCGUGGUCGUAACUCUGACAACACUCUGAUCAAAGAGAAACUUGGCUGGGCUCCUACCAUGAGGCUGAAGGAUGGACUGAGGUUUACAUACUUCUGGAUCAAGGAACAGAUUGAGAAAGAGAAAGCACAAGGUACUGACCUGUCGGUUUAUGGGUCAUCUAAGGUGGUGGGAACUCAAGCCCCAGUUCAACUUGGUUCACUUCGUGCCGCUGAUGGCAAAGAGUGAUGUGUUUGAAGGCUUCUAGCUACACUUGGGAAAAGCCAGUAUUUAGUAUAUCCGGUUACGAUAUUGUGGCGCAUAGUCAAGUAUCUAUGUGAUGAUGCAUGGACAAUAAGUGGGUUAUUUUGCUUCUUUGUACUAUCUAGGGAACUUCUAUACCCCCAUUGUGAUAUAGCCUUCCAGGAGCUAUUUGCUGCUUAGAUUGCCUUCAAAUUCUUCUUUCUGCAACUGAACAAUAGUUCAGUCAUGAGUUGUAUCUGUUAUUUAUUUCUUUGAGUUGCAUCAGUUAUUUCCUUUUUGGUCCUUGUAACGUGACAAAUAAUAAUAUAAUGUCAUCAGCUCAUCUGGUUUUUUCAUUUUCA